AUGGAAUCUUUCUUUGUUGAAUUCGAACCUAUUUCUGCUAUUACUAUCUUUACUGCUUUAUGCAAGCGUGUUGAGACAGAUGAAUGGACAGAUAAUGAAGACCUUGAAGUACAAAAUUUUAUAGAGACUCUCGACAGAUCAUUGGUACAUGUAAAAAACGCUGAGAGAUUGAAUAAGCUUCUUGAUUUUAGAGAUGAUAAUCUUUUAAAACAACGUAUAUCGGAUGCAGUUGGCUACAUUCGCUCUUCAUUAGAAUUGGAUAUUUUGGAUGUAGAACCGCUCUGGAUCGUUGAUGCGAAAAAAAACUUCGAGAUAUUAAAAAAUGAAGUGCAUAAAUUAGCAUUAUUGGAAUCGAAUUCGGAUAAAGAAAAGGACAUGUGGCAAGCUGUAGAAAUGGAGUUAAACAAGAUAAAUGUGGAGAAAUUAGGAUAUGACCAUCCAUUAUGUUCAGGAAUUUUAGACGAUAGUUUGGAACCAUUUACUACUAUAUCGAAGGAUUUUUUAAAAACCUUUAAAAAGCCAUGUAAAAAAUUCGAAUUGCCGGAAAGUACUGAAUUGAAAAAUAUUUGCGUGGAGUUUGUUCAAAAAGAAAAUGAAAAGUAUCUCAACCCUCCUCAAAACUUCGGUAAUGCAGUAUUUGGUGAAUUUUUAGAUAAGCCUGAGAAAUUGCAAGAAUUAACAAAUCAAAUGUUAAGAGUUUUAAGUCAGGUUUAUAGUUCGCCUAAGUGGAAGGCGACAAAACCAUCCAACAUAAACGAAGGAUCGGGAGAAAAGGCUAGUUCAGCAAGCGCAGUGAGAAAGGGAUCUUGUCAACGAGCAAGACGCCCCGAUUAUAUGGUUAUUACUAAAGUAAAUAGCAAGGAAGUUGAAAUUGGAUACCUUGAAACGGGACGUCCAAAGUCUUCUUCUGAUAAACAAAUACAAGACCACAAAAAGCUAAACAGGUUUUGUAAAGAUUCCAUUGAUACAAUUAAAUCACAGAGAAACAAAAGAGUAUAUGGAGAUUUAGAGUUGGAUUAUCUAUCAAUAUUUACAAUUAAUAUCGCUGGUGAUGUGGUAGAAUUCCGCUCUAUGUGUAAAGAAUUUGGCCUAUAUAGAGUCUGGUUGCUCAACAAAGUAAAAAUCCCCUUAAACAUCCUAUCAGCAAAACCAAAAGAUGUUUAUUCUCUUAUCCAUAACCUACUUGCUUUUAGAACGGCAAUUGCGUGUACUAUAUCUAAAAUGCUGUAUGGCCCUGAUGAUACUAUGGAGGUAAUAUCGACUAUUUCAACAUCAUCAGCUAUGUCAGUUGAUUCAUCAAUAAGUACUGUCGGAUCGCCAUCACAUUACUCAUCUUCACAGAAAAACACGAAAAAAAGAAGGACUAAAAAAAAUAAGAAUCAAUAUAUUUUUGUUGCGGGCGAAACUUCUAAAUAA